UUCACUAUAAUCAUUGCUGAGUCACCAGCAGCAUUAUAACAGCCAGUAUAAAUAAGACUAAACUUGUCUUCUGUCACAACAUCUCCAGCAAGCAGACUGGAAACAGCAUGCCUCUCAUCCCCAGGGCCCCAGCCCAGCCAGGUCUGGAGACAAUAUGCACCUUACUUAUGUUCGGUCUUCUCAUCACCAGUAGUUGUCUUGGGAUUCAUGGAAGGCCUUUGAAUAAACGUCCUGCCAUUCUGAAUCCUGAAAGCUGUACGAUCUUUACAAAGGAAGGCGGAAAUUUUACGAUAAACUGCACCGCACAGAGCACGUGGCGUGACUUUAAUCUGGUUUACUGGCUGGCUAAUAACAACUUCAUCGAGAACGAAUUCCCUGAUGGGAGGGUGUCCGAGGGGCCGGAGAUAAUAAACCAAACCCAAAACGUGUACACCGUGCAGAAAUCCCUCAUCUUCUCACCUACAAAACAAGAGGAUUUCAAUACAAAUUUUACCUGCGUUAUACAGGACCCCGCGGGAGUCGACGUUAAACAUAUUAUUCUAAAGAAAGAACCAGCAGCUGCCAACGUGUGAUGGGAAUUUCCAGUAGACGAGAUUGUGUAGCUUGUUCAAGACAGUGGCCAAGGCCACCAUUCUAAUCCAGGUUACAUUACUGAAACAUUGGAACGUUCAUGGAGUUCCACAGAUCACGGUUAAUGUUUACAAUAAAAACAGAUCAAUAUAUUGCAGGAACAGACGCGUUUUCACUUCACGGACUCGGAAGGACAAUUGUUUGAGUGUUGUUUUCAACAUUCUCUUUUCAAACUGAACUUCUGACAAAAUGAGUAUAUUCUCACAAUAAAAUAUACAACAAAAAAAACCAAAACACAAACAUCGUAAAGAUCUGACAGGCACAACCAUUGGUGUCCAGGAUCUUGGAGUCCCACCUGGCCAAGAGUCUGGGCUGUAAAUCCCAACUGACAGAAUGUCUUCCAGCAUUGUUUUUGGAGAAACAACAGGCAAGCUAUAUGUGUAUAUAUAUAUUUUACAUAAAUAAAUUGAACAGUAGCCUUUUUAGCA